AGUAUAGAUAGAUAGACAGAUAGAUUGCUUUUUAAUUUCUACGAGUAAAGAAGAUAACUUUAGCUGAAAAUAUAAGAAAACAGAGAAUCAUAGUUGAAGCCGAGGCGAAGUUAUGGCGUUACAGUGUCGUUUAAGUGGGACGACAAUCCAAUCCCUAAAAAUGGCGACGAUUCCAAUCUUAUCCUCCUCGUCACGCUUCAUUUUCCGACCACUUCCCCAAAGUCUAAAACUCUCUAUAUUUUCCCGCCACAGUCCUCCAAGAACACCUCCCAUCACUCUUCUCAUUAGAGCACUUUCAGCCCCCGCUGUGGCAGCCGCUCCCGCCACAGAAAUCUCCGAUAAUAAAGUUGUAAAGCCGCAAUGGAGGGCGGCGAUAGAUUUCAAGUGGAUAAGGGAUAAUAAAGAAGCGGUUGCUAUUAAUAUUAAGAAUAGGAAUUCGAAUGCCAAUUUGGAGUUUGUGCUUGAACUUUAUGACAAAAUGUUGAAUCUUCAAAAGGAAGUUGAGCGGCUUCGAGGGGAAAGGAAUACGGUUGCAAACAAGAUGAAAGGCAAAUUAGAACCUUCUGAGCGUCAAAAGCUCAUAGAAGAAGGAAAGAAUCUGAAGGAAGGACUUAUGACUUUGGAAGAAGACCUUAUAAAAUUAAGGGAUGAGCUUCAGCUUGAAGCGCAAUGUAUACCAAAUAUGACUCACCCUGAUGUUCCAAUUGGAGGGGAAUGUAGUUCAAAGUUGAGGAAUAUGGUUGGUAGCCGCCGUGAAUUUGACUUCCCAAUCAAGGAUCACCUUCAAAUUGGGAAGGAACUAGAUCUCUUUGAUUUUGAUGCUGCUGCAGAGGUAAGUGGUUCAAAAUUUUACUACCUGAAGAAUGAAGCAGUGAUGCUGGAAAUGGCCCUUGUCAACUGGACCCUGACAGAAGUCAUGAAGAGGGGAUUUACACCACUGACAACACCAGAAAUUGUGAGGUCAUCGGUUGUUGAAAAAUGUGGCUUCCAACCUCGUGGAGAAAAUACGCAGGUUUAUUCCAUUGAAGAUAGUGACCAGUGCCUCAUUGGCACUGCAGAGAUUCCUGUAGGGGGAAUUCAUAUGGAUUCUAUUCUUUCCAAGUCCUCAUUACCCCUGAAAUAUGUGGCAUUUUCCCAUUGUUUUCGUACUGAGGCUGGUGCUGCGGGCACAGCAACAAGGGGUCUUUAUAGAGUACACCAAUUCAGCAAGGUGGAAAUGUUUAUUUUAUGCAGACCAGAGGACAGUGAUAUGUUCCAUGAGGAGCUUAUUAAAAUUGAAGAGGAUCUCUUUUCAUCUCUAGGAUUACAUUACAAAACUUUAGAUAUGGCUACAGGGGACUUGGGUGCACCUGCUUAUCGUAAAUUUGAUGUGGAGGCAUGGAUGCCAGGUUUAGAACGCUACGGUGAGGUAUUACACAUUUUCUCUAAACAGAUAUCAAGUGCGUCAAAUUGCACCGACUAUCAAAGUCGCCGACUGGGAAUCCGGUAUCGCCCAUCAGAAUCAACAUCAACAAAUUCCAAAAAGGGUCAAGCCAGCCUUGCUACAACCAAAUUUGUUCAUACAUUAAAUGCAACAGCAUGUGCAGUUCCAAGGAUGCUCGUGUGUUUGCUGGAGAAUUUUCAGCAAGAAGAUGGUUCUGUUAUUAUUCCAAAUCCAUUAAGGCCAUUCAUGGGUGGGAUUGAACUUAUAUCUCUUAAAUCCAGAUAAAUAGUAUUUGUGGUAUCACUCAUAGUGAUAUUUUCCACAAGUUUAGGCAUGUAGUCUCAGAAAAGAGAAGGGAAAAAGGAAAAAAGAAAAAGGAAGAAAAUAUAUAGAAAGUUAAUGUAGGUGGGAAAACAGAAAAAACUGAAAGGAAUAUUUUUCCAAGAAUUGGAGAGCUAUUGAUAUUUCUGAGGUCUUGUUGACUUUGAUUAAUUAUUGAUGGUUCAGGUUUGAACAUUAGCAUUAUCAGUUGCUCUUAGUCAAAUUGCUGAAACAGCUUGUUGAUGUUGCAACCUCAACCAGCUGGCUGACAUUUGUGAGCUAAUUUUGAAAAUUGAGCCUUUCCGCUUUA